AUGGAUUGCCUAUCUGCUGCGCCAUUUUAUGUACAAAAUGAUAGCUCAUUUGAAGAAAUACAAGAUUGGCUGAUUAACACAGUAAACAUUACAGAACAAGAUAUAGAGAAAAGUCCAGGAAUAGGACUUCUCGAUGGAGAAACAUUAUAUAAUUAUUCUAUUGAAGAUGUUGUUUCUUUCAAGGAGUUUCUCAAUGUGCCUGUAGGUCUUGCUAGAAGAAUUUUAUUAUUCAAAGAUAAAAAACAGUAUGUAGAUAUCAUAAGUUUAGAGGCAUCUUCAUGGACACCAGAAAUUGUUUCAAAAUUUUUAGAAAACAACUUUCCAGCACAGAAUGUCAUUAAAGAAAUUUGUAAAUUUAUUGAAGAACACAAAAUUGAUGGCUUUUGUUUCAUGUCAUACAAAAGUCCAGAAGAAAUGAAGGAAGAAUUUCCGGUCGAACUUAAAAAGAUAGGAAUUCUUUUUCAUCAAAUAAUAAAAAAACGCAACGAGAAAAUAACUAAAAACGAGUGCAUCAAGGAAAAUUUUAAUAUUAAAGUUGAAACAUUCUCAGCGGAAGAAAGUGAAAUUAUUAGUUUUUUAGAAACGAAAACUUGUUUACAACAUUCUUACAUGAAGGUUUCAAAACAAUGCCAACUGCAAAUAAUUCAUAGCAACUGGGGAAAAGGAAAUGAACUAGAUAAACGAAUGUUAUUUCUUAUUCUUUGCAAUGAAAAUGACUAUGAAGAUAAAAAGUCACAUAAUGGUUUUUGGGAUAAAAUUCGGAAUAAUGUGCAUAAUUGGAGAACAGCUUGUACACAAGCCUUUCAGGAAACCUUCUCAGAGUCACCGAAGGAUACAACUUUGUAUUGUAAAAAUUCAAAACAGCCGGUUUCACUCACUCAAAGACCAGUGAAAAUGCGAUACGUUAUGGAGAAGAAAAUAGGUGAGCUGAACAGUUUUGAAAAUGUUUUUUUACUUAUUAGCAAUGACCUUUUAGAUUUUGAAAAACAAGUUUAUGGUUUCAAAUUCCAAAAACCAGUAGAAAAUAAAGUUAAAAGAACAUUUUUUUCGUUUUCAAUUAACAACAGUAAACAAAUUUGGAUAUUUCAUCCUGAUGAUUAUUCUAAAGGAUUUAUUUGUAGUAAAUAUGACGCGAAAGACAAAUCAAAAACGGACGAAGAAACAAAUGCUCAUGACAUUGAUAACACAAUGAUCGUGAAAUCAACAGGGUUGCAUUCAGACAAAAUUCAAAAGCAUGCAGAUGUUGAAUCUUUUAACAAACAAUCAACAAUGGAUGAUACAAAAUUGAUAUCAAAACCAUCAAGUACAAUUCAAUCUGAAGUAAAAGAAAACGCAGAUACAUUCACAGAAAUGCAAUUGCCUGACAAAAAUGACACUGUAGUAAACACUACCGAUUCGGAUACCACGAAACUAAAUAUUGAUACAAACAUAGUCCAAGAAAGUUUAGUAGAACAAAGUGAUAAACAAAGUUUAAAUAUUGCAUCGGACAUCCAGAAGCCCAGACCUUUUCGUGAAUCUGAGUCUGCAUUCCUAUAUCACAAACAUCUUGUUAUGGAGACUGGUGAGCAUGAUGGUGCAGUAGGAUAUCGGUGUUUUGAAUUUAAAUAUUUUGCGUCAAAAGAAUUACAAAGAGAAGCUAGUGCAAUUAAUAAAUUUUUGUUAGAAACCUUACGAUUUGCAUGUGGUUGUCUCAAUGCAAGAAAGAAUGGUACAAUUAUGUUUGGUAUUGCUGACAGUGUCGACCAGGAACUUCAGUUCCGACACGGAGAGGUUAUCGGUUUUAACUUACCAACUAAAACAUUUAAACAAAAUGCAACAGACUUAUUGAUAAAAUUUCAGAAAUUAUGUUUCGAUGAACGGACAGAAAUGAUUGUCAAGUACUGUAUUGGAAAUCCAGUAUUUAUUCCAGUUCUUUGUAAAAAUACCGAUGUAUCGCUUUACGUAAUGGAGGUUGACGUCGAACCGGCUUCUUAUCGUUGUUCCAAUAACUUCUUUCUUUUAAAUAGAAGCAAAAUACAAGGUAUAAAUGCGAAGAAGGUUGAAAAAGAAUUUACACUUUUUGUCAGAGAGGGAUCCUCCACCGUAUCCAAACAUAAAUUGGAAAAGACUCUUUUUAUUGAAACAAUUUUAAAACAGAACAUAACAGAAAGAGAAAAAUAUGAGUCGUUGGAACUCAGUUAUCAUAUUAAGUCAGUUGAAUUACCGAUGGCGAAAUUACGACUUCUGCUAUGCAAAGGAACUGACAGGCUGAAUAAAUCUAUGUGGCCACUACUGGUACUUAAUAAACCAACUCAAAAUCAAAAACAAGAUCCUCAUUUUACCAAAAAUUUAAGGUUUUUGCGUCACAUACAUUUUCAUGCUGUCUUUGAUUUUGACGACAGAACUGAUGAAAAUGGAAUAUCAAAACUAUAUAGAAACGUUGAAAAAUCUGCACUGUACACUGAUGAAGUAUUCAAGGAUAAUGCAGGAAAACAGGCUGAUCUGGAAAAAAUACUAGGAAUACCUAUCGCAAUGAAAACUAUCUGGAUUUUUGCAAAUGGAAGGCAUGACAUGCAUGAACCAAUGCCUCAUUUAAAUCGAAUUGACUGGUCUGAAACAUAUAGCACUGGAAUAAAGGAUGCUGUUACUUUUUUCGGAAAUUUAAUUUCAAAUGGACGGUUAUUAGUCGUUUUCAUGGUGUUCUCGAAUGACUUCAGUGGGAUUAUAGAAACCUUUUACGAGUGUACAACUCGGUUUGGUUGGAAACAAUUAGUUGUUAUAUCAGCCGAUGAGGAAAUUAUUAAUAACUUCAGGCAACUUAUUGUGACUGAACAGAAGGGAACUGAAGACAAUAUAAACAUGUGCAGUGUUGCGGGAGAGGGAACAACAUGGGAACACGUGUGUUGUACAUUUCUAGAGGUUACGAACAAUGAUGAUGUAGCUAAUAUCUCCUUGCCAACAAGGAGUGGUGCAUACGUUGAAGUGGAUCCCUUCAUUAUUCAGAAUAUGUCCGAUUUAAAAAUAUUAAGCGCAAAGCAGUGUGAAAGUAAAUCUCACUCUAAACUGGUUUUACAGCAGAUGAGAAUAAAGUAUGAAGAGGAUUUUUAUAAAGGCAAUAGAGUUCAUUGGUACAACUUUUACUUUGAAAAUCAAGUAUUGAAAAGACAUUGCUUGGAAAAUGUGCUUGACAUAAUCAAUGAACUACUAACCUCAACGGACAAAGGUGGCAAAAAAGUUGCCGUUGUUACUAUAAAACAUGAGCCAGGUUCCGGAGGUACAACUUUAGCGCAUAACAUAUUAUGGCUAAAUCGAAAAAAGUAUCGCUGUGCAACUAUUGUACAAAUUACGGAAAGGACCACCCAAAAUAUAAUGACUCUUUUGAAAUAUGAGGAAAAGGAUAAACCGAAACCACUAUUAUUACUAAUAGACGACAUAGCUCAAUCUGAUUGUAUUUAUGAAGAUUUAAUUUGGAAUAUAAAUAAAGAGUUUCGCACAACUCCGAGUAAAGAUGGCAUUGUGUGCUGUCUCUUGGUAUGCCAAAGAGAGACUGGAAUUACCAAAACCGAUCAGCAUCCAGCAAACUCAUUUAAGGAGAUUAAUGAAUACGGGUUUCAACUGUGUCAACAACUGACAAAGGAAGAACAGCUAUGGAUGGAGAGUAAAUACAAAGACAUUGAACAAAGGGAUCCUAAUGGACAUCCAGAACAUUUGAUAUCAUUUAUGAUCUUACGAAAUGGUUUCAAUGAAAACUAUAUUACAGAAACAAUAACUCAGUUUCUUAAAUUGAUCGAUAGCAAGUCAAAUGAAUUUGAAUUACUUGAAUAUGCAUCACUUAUAUCAGCCUAUGCACCAACAUCACUUAGGGGACCAACGGUAUUUAUUCCAGUUGAAUGCUGCGACCAACUUUUAGGUAAAUCAUUUAAAAAGACGAACUUAUGGUAUAUAUGGGAAAAAUUAUUAUCUCAUUACCUGAAGAUUUUCCUCGUGAUUAGUGAGAGGGAAGAAACUUCUGGCAUGGAAAUUCGUAUGUCUCAUCCUUUGCUAGCCGUACCAGUUUUAUCUAAAAUUUUGGAAGUCAGAGGAGAAAAACUGAGCAAGCUUAUAAUACGAUUUUUAAAAUCCUCUUUAUUCACAUGUCCUGCUUACGGCAAGAAUAUAUUAAUCCAACUGUCGAAAGAAAUGUUAACGAGACGUCUCAAGGAAGAAUAUAACGAUAAUAAAAAUACGUAUUUUUCUCCCUUAAUCGUACGAGUAGAAGAAGACGAAGGAUGGCGAGCAGCUGCAAAUGUUUUGGAAAUCGGAAUACAAAUAUUUCAAGAUUGUUACAUGUGUCAAACUUUAGCACGUUUAUUUUCUAAAAAAAUUGAACAUGACAAGGCCGAGGAGUGGUCAAGGUAUGCUGAACAAUUCAUAUCCAAUGCGAUGGAAAAAGGAUCUUGGCAUCAUAAUUUGGGCUCUAUUUUACGUGACAAAUUUCUUUCUGUAUUAAGUUCUACAAUUCCUCAUGAUUCAGAUACAGAUACAAUGAUAAGCAUGAUACUCGAAGCUAUUCAACAUUUUGUAUUUGCUAGAGAGAUGCUUGGUAAAAGCAGUGAGAUUCGACUGUUGUAUACAAGCCAGGACGUGAUACAAACAAUAAACCUUUGUGCAAAGUUUGUUACCGAAAAUACCAUUUUUUCCUCCUCAAUUGACAUUAAGAAACUUCUUACGGACAAAGAUUACAUACCGGAAGAACUAAGUGACAGAUGGAGGAUAGAUUUUAAACCUCUAUUUACACAGUUCAUUAAGUACGCAGAUGAAUCUUUUGAAUGCAUAGAAUCAUAUUUAUGCUACAAUUCGAUAUUCUAUGCACAUAAUCCAAGCAAACUGCAUCGUUUUCACUCUCAGCUGCACUACUUUUUUCCUAGUGUUCGAAAUGAAUUUGCUCGGUACCUUGGAGAAGAAAACGAUAUUGAACCAGAGUCGCACAGACCAUCAGACUUGGACAUUUUUCACAGAAGACGUUUGAUACAUUUACAAGGUAACACGUAUAUGAACAUGUAUGACAUACUACUUCAAGUAAAGAAAAGAGAGUUAAUUCCUGCUGAAGCAACUGAGAAGUGUUUAAAGAUUAAACACCAUUUAAAUGGUUUAUGUUUUUGCCAACCUAGAGAUAAGAUCAACCUUGUUGCUGUAAAUUUUUUAAUAGGGUUGUUAAAUGGUAGAAAUCGGGAUUCCUGGAGUGUUGUUUUAGAAUACUGCAAAGACGUUAUAAGCAAUUCUAGUGGUUAUCUUUCCCAAGCGUACUUAUUCAUCAGUAUGCUUCUCUGGCCUACUGAGAGAAUGGAUGUAGAAUAUGACGAUGUAUUGUUUUAUUCUGCUCUGCAUUACCUUAACAAGUACAAACAAAAACGACACAGAGCUCGAGGUGUUACAAACACCAAUUUGGUGUUAAAAGAAGAGCGAAAUAUAACCAAACCAACAGCUCAAUUCUUUUUAGCAAAAACUGGUCAGAAACAGAAAGUGUGUCAUCGUUUUGAUAUAUUCAACCGGAGUAAACCAGAUGCAGAUGAAGACUUUGACAAAAAAGGAAUGUGGAAAAGAUCGCAAAUUAGAAAUACGUUAAAACGUUUAAAUGGAAGAAUUAGAAAUAAAGAUAACCGAACAUGUGUUGUUAUGCGAAAUGAAAAAUCAAAAACAGAAAUCGAAAUUAAUAAAAUUCGAGGUGGCAAUAUAUCUUCAGAGGAAGAUGUUUAUUUUUAUUUAGGCUUUAGUAUAGCAGGCUUAAUGGCAUAUAAUGUCCAAGCAAAACGACAGGAUGACUCUGAUGCAAGCGAUUAUGGGUUUGAUUCGGAUGAUAAAUUAGACAGUUUUUUGAAAGAAUCAGUAAAGAGCCUGCAAGAUAAGUUAAACAGCAUACCAAGUAUUCAGGGUAAACUUCGAGCAGGAAGAGAACUUAAAGAAAGAGAGAAAGCCUUGCUUAAAGAUGAAAGCAUUAUAAGACAAGCUCUUGAAAUCAAAAGCGACGAUUCUCCAUGUUACUGACUAUAACGAUUACCGUUCUUUGAUUUAUAUAUCUCAAUAUGAUUUUUUUUGUAUUGAAAACGAGUAAGUACCUGCAAUAACAACAAUUAACAGACGACAAUAUAGAACCUAUUUUGUGUCAUCAAUAACCACAAGUGGACCACUGAAAUAGUAACCACUAACUGUUCCGGAUUACCACUUUCACGUAUGCUUGAUUCUUUCGUGAUGUGCUCAGUGGUUUUGCUUAUGAGAACUUAAAUAUAUUAUGAAAUGCUUCAAAUUGAGCAAGUAUUUUUCAAACACUUACAGCUAUUUUUGAAAUGAACACAGUUGUAAAGGAAAGACAAAAAUUGUAAAGAUGUAGAUUGUUCUAGAACAACUAUUUUAUGUGGUUUUUUUCAAAUGAUAAAUUAAAUUUGACUUUUCCAUAGCACAUCUAAUUUUAUGCAACACACGCUGCUUGGGGUUGAUUUUUUUUGGCUGAACAUUUUUUACAGCGUUCUAGUUUUUAAGAUAUCAAAUGUGUUAAAAAAAGACCCAAAGUCCAAGGUAAAUUCAAACGGGGAUCUCCAUAAAAUAUGACAAAACCAAACACUAGACGUCAGGAAAUUAAAACUUUUACCAUUUUACUCGUUAAAUAACUAGAUGAGCCUUCCAUCUGAAAUAUCCGGGACAAAGUAUAGUGAAGUAUAUGCAUAUUAUAAAACUAUAGCUAUGUAAAUGAUUUACAGAGAGUAGAACAAGUUAUUAAAUCAUCGACUAACAAAUGUUUACGUACAGUUUAUCAUGGAAUUACUUUAAUGACAAAAUGCCGAACUGCAUAAGUGCAGAUUGAUUUCAAAGUUGAUAUCACACAAUUUAAUAAAUAUAUUGAUAAUGCACCACAAGACUUCAUUGAAUACCACAUUUUGCAGUAAUGGCAUGUUUAAUUUAAUAUCUUUGUUUUUGUGUUUUGUAUUUUUUGUUUUAUGUUUCUUAAGUGUACGAACUAUGAUUUCUCUCUAUUAGACUCAGUGCUAUUAACUACAUGCAACUUCUGCAUAUCAUAAUUUGUAGACACUUUAUGUGUAUGGACCAAAGUUUAUCAGAAUAAAUAAAGCGCUUUAUUCUGAUAAACCUUGGUUAAUACAAUUA